CCACUCGGUCACGCAGCGCCUUCCCCAUUUCCACAACCGCCCGUCCUCCUCCUCCUCCCCCUCCCACGCUACAGCAGAGCAGCAGCAGCAGCAGCCCCGUCGAUCUACUCCGCGCUCCUCUCCCCCCCAGACCCGGCCGCUCCUCGCCGCCAUGGCGCCUCGCGUGCCCUCCUCCCUCCUCCUCGUCGGCGCCGCGCUGCUCCUGGGCCUGGCGGCCGGCGCGGCGCGGGCGUCCAACGAGGAGGGGGACGCGCUGUACGCGCUGCGGAUGCGGCUGUCGGACCCCAACGGCGUGCUCCAGAGCUGGGAUCCCACCCUCGUCAACCCCUGCACCUGGUUCCACGUCACCUGCGACACCGCCAGCCGCGUCGUGCGCCUGGAUUUAGGCAACUCCAACGUCUCCGGCUCCAUCGGCCCCGAGCUCAGCCGCCUUGUGAAUCUUCAGUACCUGGAGCUGUACAGGAACAACCUCAACGGCGAGAUCCCAAAAGAGUUGGGCAAGCUGAAGAAUUUGAUCAGCUUGGAUCUGUAUGCCAAUAAGCUCACCGGAAGAAUCCCCAAGUCGCUUUCCAAGCUCAGCUCGCUGAGAUUCAUGCGUUUGAACAACAACAAGCUUGCUGGAUCUAUUCCACGGGAGCUGGCCAAACUCUCCAACCUUAAAGUCAUUGAUUUGUCUAACAAUGACUUAUGUGGGACGAUCCCCGUCGAUGGUCCAUUCUCAAGCUUCCCUCUUAGAAGCUUCGAGAACAACAGCAGACUGAACGGCCCGGAGCUGCAAGGAUUGGUUUCCUAUGACUUUGGAUGCUAGAAAGCGCUGAUGCACACGACAAUGCACGUGGAAGGAAGGCAAAAAAUUAUAGUAGUACAACAAAUAGUAGGAAGCUUAGCACUACAACAUGUAUGGCUUGCGAUACAUGCAGCAGAAGAUGAAGAAGGUAUGUGAGCAUAGGGUCUGCGUUCGGUACUCAGACCCCAGAAGGAAAAGAAUGGGAUGUGAGAAGUCUUAGCUUGAUCGAUUGUUAUUGCCGUAUUGUAAAUUGUAAUAAGCUGCUUAGUACCGCAGCUAAGCUGACCUCUUGGGUCCAUUGAGUAAGCCUUUGCCAGUUCGGAACUAAAUCCCAGCUGAUGAAGUUAUGUAUCUCAAGUUUUAUCUACAAACGAUCCACAUCUCUUUGUUA